UGACGUGUGACGGUCGCUGCGAAACAGAGAUGCCCGUGUGUCUGGAGCGCUUAUUCCGCUGGAUGUUAUUGAUCCACGCCAGUGAAUAAACCGAGGAGAGCUGAACACCCUUCCUCCGUCCACAGAAACAUACGGAUUUAUUCGAGGACUGAAGACAGAAUCUCCGUUCAUUCCGCAUUAAACAGGACCUGUUUGUAUAUACAGCAAAUAAAGAGCCCUCAUUGUAAAGAAUACAUCGGUGUCGGGAGCGCGCUCUCAUCACAUCACUUCAAUAUUUUAUUUGCGCUUAUCUGCAGAUAUGGACGAAGAUAACCAAGUACCUGAAGACCUGUCCUUAGAAGAGAGAGAUGAGCUGUCCAAUAUACGGCGCAGGAAAAAGGAGCUGCUCGAUGACAUUGAGCGGCUGAAGUUCGAGAUCGCUGAAGUGAUGACAGAAAUCGAGCAGCUCACGUGUGUGGGCGAGAGCAAAACAACACAAAGGAACAAACAAAUCGCAAUGGGAAGAAAAAAGUUCAACAUGGACCCCAAAAAAGGGAUCCAGUUUCUUCUGGAGAACGACCUCCUGCAGCAGACGCCCGAAGACAUCGCACAGUUCCUCUAUAAAGGCGAAGGCUUGAACAAAACUGUUAUCGGGGAUUACCUGGGGGAACGGGAUGAAUUCAACAUCAAAGUGCUCCAGGCUUUUGUGGAGCUCCACGAAUUUGCCGACCUCAACCUUGUUCAGGCUCUGAGGCAGUUUCUCUGGAGUUUCAGGCUUCCUGGUGAAGCGCAGAAGAUUGACAGGAUGAUGGAGGCGUUUGCGUCACGGUACUGCCAAUGCAACCCUGGAGUCUUUCAAUCCACAGACACAUGUUAUGUCCUGUCUUUCGCCAUCAUCAUGCUGAACACCAGCCUUCACAAUCCCAAUGUCAGAGACAAACCGGCUGUGGAGCGCUUCAUCUCCAUGAACAGAGGCAUUAAUGACGGAGGAGACUUGCCGGAGGAGCUGCUCAGGAACCUGUAUGAGAGCAUCAAGAGCGAACCUUUCAAAAUCCCUGAGGACGACGGCAAUGACCUGACGCAUACGUUCUUCAACCCGGACAGAGAGGGCUGGCUGCUGAAGCUAGGUGGACGGGUAAAAACUUGGAAGAGGAGAUGGUUUAUUCUCACCGACAACUGCUUGUACUAUUUUGAGUACACAACGGACAAGGAACCGCGUGGCAUUAUUCCCCUGGAGAACCUCAGCAUCCGAGAAGUGGAGGAACCACGCAAACCCAACUGCUUCGAGCUCUACAACCCCAACCAUAAAGGCCAAGUGAUCAAGGCCUGCAAGACGGAGGCAGACGGCAGGGUGGUGGAGGGAAACCACGUGGUCUACAGGAUAUCAGCACCCACACCCGAGGAGAAGGAGGAGUGGAUCAAGUCCAUCAAAGCGAGCAUCAGCCGGGACCCCUUCUACGACAUGCUGGCCACCAGGAAGAGACGCAUCGCCAACAAGAAGUGAAGUCGGCGCCUGAGGACCACCGCUUCCACGAAGCCUGUUCCCAGCGACACACACACUGCAUUCUGGGACGGCCCGCGUGUGUCUGACGGGUCGCAGCUGAAGAAUUCAAUGUUUAUAGUUCCUCUCUCAGUGUUUCUAUUGGUAUGAAAACACAGCUGUCCUGAUCUGUUUGUGUUUGCAUGGAUGUCAGUGUGUGUGUGUGUGUGUACCCACGCGGGAGACAUUUCUGCAGAUGUCAGAUAGAAAAAAGCCAUUUUGCUUCAGAGACGAGACCUGAGAUUGUGAUGGUCCAGGCCUCAAUAACCCUUCGUGGCCAUUCUCUCCUAAAGGUGCUAGAAACUCACAUAGAUGCUAAUGAGCCAAUGCUAAUGCUAAGUGGCGGUGUGGAGUCAGCUGGACUGAUUUCAUGUCGUUAGAAGUGAGAAACAGCAAAUAUAUAACUCAUAGAUUUAGUUUCUGUUGUAGAUCAGAAGGUACCGGUCCAUUAAUCUUUCAGUUUUGAUAUUAGGGUCAUUUCCAUGACAGCGUUCUCAACUGAAAACCUUACUCAGAGUUUUAAAGUGCACAUGAUUUGGAAUUUGCGACUGUUUUUGUAUUGUGAUGCAGUUCCUAGAGAAAACAGUGGGUGUGGCUUGUUUUCUACUGCGAGCUGAUUGGAUGUAGUAAAGUAGUCAUUUCAUUUAGAAAGAUCAGGAAAAAGGGUUUUCAGGGGAGAUAUUACACCCUAACAGACUCCUCCUCCUCAACAUUUUUGUUUGUUGACAGUUGGAGGGGUGUGGUUAAGUAUGUUAGCCAC